AUGGAAGGCGGACCUGACGGUACAUCAAGUGGCGGCAUCCGUGGGACCUCGCAACAAAUAGCCGGCGCCAGCACUCCAGUAGUUGGAGCAAGUCCGGUCGCGAGAAUUCCAAAACUUAAAGGCCCAGAAGCAACCCCGCAAGUUGCUACUGUGGUGAGACACCAGAAUGUAGUCAUCAGAAAGAUUAUCAGCGACGACGGAACAGAUCUGCAAGGCAAAACGAUAGAAGAAAUGGAGUUAAAAGAAUUUGAAGCAUUCAAAAGCUUUAGGGCUAUGAGGAAAUUGCAAAGCCAAAGACAACCCCAGAAAGAGAAAGAAUGGGAUCGAGUUUCGGUCCACACAGACCAAACGGAAUACUCUGACGAACAAGGAAAGGAGUCAACCCUUCACGAAAAAAGAUCAAGCAUGAAGGAGAGAGAUGCAGGUAGACCAUCCAAUGCAAAAGACACUCAUAAAAGACAAGAAAAGUACCCUAAAGUAGCUGAAGCAAAGCAAUACAACCAAGCUUUCAAGAACCAAACUUUCCGCUCUCCUUUUACGGACGACAUUAACGAAAUAUCUAUUCCCAAAGGGUUGAAAGGGCCGAGGGUGCCACCUUACGAUGGUACCGGAGAUCCAGAUGAUCAUGUAUCCAACUUCCAGUUGGUAAUAAAAAUGCUACCAAUGGAUCUAAAGUUAUCGAGCCUUAAUUUGGCGGGAACUUUAUACGGAUCUGCCCGAUAUUGGCUUGCUAGCUAA